GCCUGGCCACAAGCCAAGAGGCUGCAGAAGUCCAUCAAGAAGGCUCUGGAAUUGCUCCACGCUGAGAUUAGCAAACAGAAGCUGAACCGUGAGAAAAGGGCCUUGCAGGCUUCUUCCAAUGUAACUCCUGUAGACAUGGCGGUACCCAGCGGUGGCGCAAAAGUUACCACCAGCUGUGAAGUUAUGCCUGUGAUGGCGCCGCCUGCAUUUAUCCCCGAGAAGAAGAGGAAACUGGCGCACUCGAACCCUACUUCUGAGCAGGAGCCUGUGAGCGUUGCAGGGCAUACGCUCGCGCGCUUCAAUGUCACAAG